UUUAUGAUCGAAUAUUUUAAACAAAAUAAUAAAAUAUAUAGAGACAGACAAGAGAGAGUUGAUUCCAUGGCGAAGACACACGACGUGGUUUAAUGCAUUGGCGUUUACAACAUUUGAAGCAAUUCGCGUUUUCAACGAAGCAGCAAAGGUGAAUGUGAGUGGUGGUCGGAGAUGGCGGAGGGGACAUACGUAAAGCUGACGAAAGACCAGAAAUCUUUGCAGGAAAUCACCCCAGGCGAACUCAAUCAGCCCAUUGAUAUCGCAGCGAUAAAUGCUCCUAGAUGUGAACAUUGUGGACAAACUUUACCACCGAGCUACUCGCCCCCGGCUGAUGAAGAUUGGGUAACUGGGAUUUUCGGCUGCACUGAAGAUCGUGACAGUUGCCUAACUGGAUUGUUUUGCCCCUGUGUCCUGUUCGGGCGCAAUGUUGCAACCUUGAACGAUGACAUCCCUGAGCGAAGCGCGUGCAUCGGCCACGCAGUAUGCAUUGAAGGUGGCAUUGCUCUUGCUAUUGCCACAGCAGCAUGCAACGGCAUAGAUCCGGACACAGCCUGCCUCCUAACCGAAGGCUUGCUGUUCGCAUGGUGGGUCUGCGGCAUCUACACCGGCAUGGGCCGACAACUGUUGCAGAGAAAGUAUCACCUAAAGGAUUCACCUUGUGAUCCUUGUAUGGUGCAUUGCUGCCUCCACUGGUGUGCGAUAUGCCAGGAGCACAGAGAGAUGAAGAGUCAUCUGUCGGAGGGCGUUGCGUCCGAGGCGACCGUGAUAAACCCGCCACCACGGCAGGAGAUGAAGGCUGCUGAGAAUCAGGAUCAAGGAUCAACCUCGCAGCAGAGUGGGGAACAAAAUAAUUUGCAGUUGCAACCUGUGUGAAAUUCCUUGUAGCAAAAAUUAAGCUCAAAACUUUCAUUUUUUGAGGGGGAAAGUAGUUUCUUUGGGUAAAUAAAGGGAGUGAGAUGAAGCAUAUGCUGGUCUUCGAUAUUUUUCAUAGUUUGCUUUCUAACGUAACAUCUUACAAGCGAAUAUUUUUUGGAAAUAUAUCAUACUUUUAUUCUCUU